AUGUCUAUCGGCUCUGUGCCCGGUGGAAUAUUUAAUACCCGUCCUCGGACAUUGGACCAAGCUUUUGUCAUCGAUCCUGCGGUGUCGGUCCCCAAGGCCCCUUUUCAGCAAUGCCUGCGACAUCAGCUGUGGAGGAUCCGUUCGCCGGUGCCAGUCCUUCUGAAACUGCUACUCAAGAGGUUCUUUUCAGUGGGGCUUCGAGCGCGGCUGCUGCGGCAGCAGCCCCACAGGGUCCCGUUGCUGCUAGUUAUUUUCGCGCGGGAGCCGCUCAUUUCCUUUUGGGCCUUCUACUGCUUGUCGUUAGACAGCCAUCCACUCCUCACAAAAGUUGCGACAGGCGUUGUUGGCGCAAUACUCGGCGACUACGUCGCGCAGAAGAUCAGCUAUCAAAGAGAGGUUCAAGAAGCUAAGUUGCACGGCAAGCCGGCUCCGCCUUUCGCCUUCGACGUUAUGCGGACUUCGCGCCUAGCCAUCUAUGGAGCGCUUGUGGGCACCCCGCAUAUCAUGCCCGAAGCCAUGACGUGCCCACAAGCUGUGCUCACCAAGAUGAUUAUGGACCAGGUGCUUAUGAGCCCGGCAUCUACAGCCCUCUUCUUCGUGGUCAUGCGCUGCUGGGAGGGCCACUCAAAGGACGCGGUCCCGUACAUGCUGGUCAAGAUGGUACCGACGCUCAAGGCAAAUUACCUGCUGUGGCCGAUUGCACACAUCAUUAACUUCGCGUUCGUGCCGCCGACUCAGCGCAUUCUCUAUUGUAAUGCGGUGGGCCUUGUCUGGACUGUCAUCUUGUCUACAAUAUUGAACUCUAGCACGCCGUCUACCUCGCAGUCUGUGUCUGCCACAAGCGGCAGCUCAGGCCUUGCUAUGGGGACGGCCGACACUGCCGGCAGCAGCGCUGGGUUCAGCGUCAGCCCGCAGCAGCUGCGCGAGGGUCGCAAAGGCGUUCCCCAGCCCGGCAUUGCAGCAACGGCAUUUGUGCGUCCUGUGCAGUGGGACGUUAAAAGCAAGGAUGCGUGA